AUUGCACGCAGUGAAAUUCUUUUGCAGGAUGAAGCUUUAAUUCGUGAUGACAACCAUCGAUUAUCAUUAUAUUAUGCAGCGGAAAAAGGAGAUACAACUACUCUUAAACGAAUUUUAGAGAUGGAUUCAUCAUUAAUCGAUAUUAAAGAUGAAAAUGGGUAUACUCCACUAAUGGUUAGUUCAAUGUGUGGAAAUGUAGAUACGAUGAAGAUGCUCCUUGAGAAUGGAGCGCAAAUCAAUCAUGUUGAUAAGGAGAAACAUUCAGCUGUGCAUUGGGCUGUUGUCUGCGGGCAAUUGGCAGCUUUAACAGUUCUUCUCGAAAAAGGUGCAAAUGCGAAUAUCAAGGACCAUCAGGGUGCGCAACCGCUACAUUACGCUACUGUAAUGGAAGAUAUACCUCCUGAAAGAGGCGAAGCUAUCCUUCAUAUAUUACUGAAAUAUGGUGCAUUGGUGAAUGGAAAAGACGUUGAUGGCCGCACGCCAUUACAUUGGGCUAGCAGCAAUGGAAAUGCUGCAGCAAUUCAAAGUCUCAUUCAAGCAGGUGGCAAUCAAUAUGAAUUAGAUCGAGAUAGGCUGACAACAUUGCAUUGUGCCGCAAGUCAUGGACAUGUAAAUAUUCUUGAGAUGCUCAUUGAGUCAUCAGGCGAAUCGAUCGUGGACUGGAUGGAUAGAAAUGGAGAUACAGCCUUGUUUUAUGCGGUCACACUUGCUCACUAUGAAUGCAGCAAAUUCCUGCUAAUGAGCAAUGCAAAUCCUAAUCAUCAAGAUUACCGGCUGCAAUGUCCAAGUCACUGUGCUGCAGCAAAAGGGCAGUUAAAAAUUUUGAAACUUUUGAAACACUAUGGAGCUAGUUUCGAAAUCCAGAAUCGUCGUGGUGAUAUACCUCUUCAUGAAGCCAUACAGGCUGGUAGUAAAGAUGUAGUUGAAUGGUUAUUAUCAUUGCAUCCAUCCACUGUAAAUGCUGCUAAUCAUGAAGGUCGAACGGGCCUUCAUUUAUCAGCUGCCUCAGGCGAUAUGGAAUUGGUUGUCCUAUUAUGCACAAAAGGAGCUGAAAUUAACCCUUUAAUGUUAUAUAAGGGAACUCUUUACACUCCUCUUGACUUAGCAGCGUACAAAAAUCAUACUUUGGUUGUCGAUUAUUUAAAUCAACGACAUAGAGCUAAACGUGCUGAUCAGAUUCCUGAAGAACAAAGGAUAGAUUCGACCACACAACUUGAAGAAAGCAUGCAGAAAGGUAUGAAAACAAAUCAACGCUAUGCACAUGAAAAAGCCAUUUUCCAAGAAUUGACUCAUUUGAAACGAGUGCAAAUCCAAUAUGGUAAAGCCAAAGAGCCGAUUUUAGUUCGAUCACUGAUUGGCAACUUUUGCAAGAUGCAUGAGUUAAAUCCAGCGUAUUUCAAAUUUCAGACAUUUUAUGCAUGGGAAAAAUUCUUAUAUGAUCAACUUUCAGAUCAGCUUAAAAUGAUUUAUUUGGAAGAAAGACGCCGAUUAAUGAAUGCAGGUCGACCAGGCGCUUGGAAUACAGGCAAAACAAGGUAA